CUCAGUGUUAAUGGACCCUCGUCUUCAGCCAAGCUGCGCGUGGAGAGAGAGGGAGAAGGCUACUGUAGGAUGGUGUUUGAUGGAGAAAUUGGAAUGUACAAAAGUAACAUAAAAGACACCAACAACAACUGCAAUAAAAAGCCUUCUCCCUGACCAUAAGGAGAAGCUGAUCCAGGCUAUUAAAAGAAUAAAGCAUGAGGUAGACGAGUGCUGGGAGGCAGAGAGAGAGACGUACAUAUGGUCUAUUGGUGUAGAGAGAUGUUUUGAUAAUCUGGAACGGGAGGUCCGAGCUGAGUUCCAGAACCUCCAUCGCUUCCUGGACGAAGAGGAGACCCUGGACAUGGAGCGACUGAAGAAGGAGAAAGAGAAGAGGGUGAAGCUGCUUAGGGAGAGAGAGAGGAAGAUCGCCAUGCAGGGAAGAGAUCUAGAGAGAGGCAUUGCCACGCUAAACAACAAACUGGCCGAGGAGGAUAGUCCCAAACUGCUCAAAGUCCCAGGUGGCUUUCAUUCCUCCCUCCACAGGUGGAUGUGGAGGUGCGAUCAGCACACUUUGUGGGGCCCAUCCAGUACAGGAUAUGGAAACACAUGAAGAGCUGCCUCUAUCCAAACAUCACUGAAGUGACCUUUGACCCAGAGACAGCCCACCCCCUCCUCACCCUCUCCCCCAGCUGCACCUCCGUGUGGUUCGAGGAGGACAAAGUUAUCCCCAAGGCCUCGGAGGAGGAGCAGCCACCCAACCCCCGCCGCUUCCACUACUACUACAGUGUAAUGGGCCGAGAAGGCUUCAUCACCGGACGCCAUUACUGGGAGGUGGAGGUGGGCCGCAAGACAGCAUGGCGGGUGGGUGUGGCCAGGGAGGAUGUCCACAGGGGGGAGAUGGACUCCAGCGGGACCAGCAGCGGUCUCUGGACCCUGUCCCUGAAGGGAGGGGCCAUCUUGGCCUGUACAGACCCCAAACCCACCAAGGUCCCAGUGUCCAUCAGGCCCGUCCGGAUCGGAGUGUUCUUAGACUGUGAGAAGGAGGAAGUAGCGUUCUAUAACGCUGUUACCAUGACGCCGCUGUACACAUUCUCCAUGGAAACAGUGUUCGUUCCGCUGAUCCCCUUCUAUAACCCUUGUGACACGGACGAUGGGAGGAACCUUGGUCCCCUGAACCUCUUUAGCCCCUCUAUAUGAGAGUUCGGAAAACCAAGGAGAACCAAGGUUCGACUGGAGUAUAUUCUGUUUGGGGAUGUGGUGGAAGGAUAGAUAGCAUUUGGAAAUGGGUUUUAUACAGUGUAUGUUUCCUGUAUAAUUUCAUAGCUGGCCUGGAAGCAUGAUGUAAAUUGUAUCAGUUAAAAAAUCCAAUGAGUUUAUGAUACGCAUUUACAUUUACUAGUGGAGGCUGGUGGGUGGAGCUAUAGGAGGAUGGGCUUAUUGUAAUGGCUGGAAUGGAAUUAUGGAAUGGA